GUCUUUGGGAACGGUGAUUCGACGUCUUACCGAGGCCACACCCGACCCUUCGCUUUUCCCCAACCAGGUCAUACCAUCACAAGGGUCGAUGGCCGUGUAUUGUGCCGCUAUCCCGAUUGCAGAAAAUGCGCCGCUUCACCCGAGUUCGCUCCAAUUCAUUUUGACUGCUUCGUGAUCUUCCGGCAACAAUGCUCGGUCAGUGCAUCAGCUGCGUUAAACCGUCUCUGGAUCUUGGCUGCGUGGAGGAAUCCUUGGCGUGGAGCGCAACCUAUCUAUCUUUCGGUCCCAGUGGUGGACAAGGACACGCUAAAGAGGAUAUCCGGCUUUUGCGGAUUGCCGCGCCUGUACACAUUGCCGUUAGAACUGCUUGAGAUAAUUCGGCAGUACUCUAGACAUUCGUUGCUGUGGAGAUGCAUCCCGGCACUUCAGUUGGCUGACUAUGUGUCGGCCAUGAAACCGGAGCCGCUGCUUACGGUCCCGCUGCGAGAGCUUCUCUUCUGGGAGCGUAGUGGGAAGUUCGAACGUGUUAUAGCGUCCCGACCACCGCUUCAAACACUAAGGUUAACCGUCAACUCUGCCGGCAUCAGCAAAGUCGAACGCCUUCCUGGCCCGCCUACGUAUGUAGGUGAAUGUACUAGUCGCUCCGCCUUUAUUGUUCAAGAUGAAGCAUCUAUUUCUAAAGUGGUGGCACAGCUUAAGGACGGACGGCUGCGCCUCAAUUUACCCAUUUCGCUACGAACGCUCCCUAUCUGGAACACUCCCGCACCACCGAGUUUAAAUCUUUGUAAAGCGUAUCCCGCGGACCUUGCUUCAUGCCAGACUAUCUAUACGGUCGAGAUGGAUCAGAUAAGAGGGAUUACUUUUUUUUUCUCUUCGGGCCAGUUGUUUGGCAUUCAUAUCCACCGCUCAGAGGAAUCGUACGCCAUGGACACGUUUUCACGGAAUUUCCCCAAUCGACUUCGGCGGACCGUUGUCUGGAUUUAUUUGCCUAUAUCACAGUACGAUCGUAUUUUCGUUCUCGGUAUCCGCGAAGCAUUGCAAUCUCGGGACCUGAACGUCCUUGUCAGGACGGAGCUCAUAGGCGACAUCGUCAUUGGCUUGCAAUCCAAAGGUGACGUCAAGGACCGAUGUCUAGCCGCAUCUGCUCCCGUAACAAUGAUUUAUAGCGAACCGAGGGAGGGACGCCCGGUCCGCUUCUUCGGCGCGCACUGCAGACCGCCCUUAGAUCAGGCUCUUCCUAAGCCGUUUCGCUUAGAGAAGCCCGGCUCCUGCCCGAUCGAUGAUGAUGCCUAUUUCUCAUGGGCGCCUUUGUGCGGCGUUUCGUCAACACUAGUCUUCUACGACCAGAACACCGGAUUUUGCCGAGGUAUCCUGUUCCGAUACCAGAACGGGGGUUCCCGGGCGGUUGGUCAGUGCCGUCUACACGUAGAUCCGGCAGAGAGUGUUGACAGACCAGUCCGGCUUUGUUUCAGGACCAGUUCGUGUCCUUCACGUUGGAACCGAACGCGUCACAUGGUGCAAGUGAAGUUUAAGCAAGGCGCUCGAACCAACCACACAGAGAAGGACAUUGAGGGGUGGGAGGCUCGGCCGAUGAAGGGGCUGGUCAAGUACUGGUUUACAACCGAAUCCUCGUUUCUGGUUGUCGAGAGUUGA